AUGUGUUCCACUAAUUCUAUUGUGCAUGGACUACCAUAUCCUAUACCCCCAUCAUGUUCGAUACCGCAGCUCCUGGGCCAACAAGUCAGCCUAUUCUCCGACAGAGAAGCACUGGUUCUGUUUCGAGGUGCAACUAGGUUGACUUACCGCGAGCUAGAUAAGAGGAGUCAUAUUGUUGCCCGGUCCUUACUUUCCCUCCAAAUUGCCAAAAACGACAAAGUGGGGAUCUUCAUGGGAAAUUGUGAGACAUAUGCAGAGAUGUUUCUGGGUAUAGUGCGCAUUGGAGCAGUUGCUGUGCUACUGAAUGGUACAUACACUGCCCACGAGGCAAUAAAGGCCCUUCGGGUGACUGUGGAGAACGAUUCCUCUUCCAAAUGGCUCUCUGAGUCGUACAAUUGCUUUUUGCUUCGUGCAGAUACCGUUGACUAUUCGCAGUUAAUGCGAGCGGAAAAGAACACUACAAAAGACUCACUAUGUUGCUUUCUUCUUACCAGCGGCACCACAGGAUCUCCCAAGGUCGCAAUGUUAUCCCAUAAUGGGCCAAGGGAUUCUGUUGACAGAAAGAGAUAUUAUUUGUUGUCCUUUCCCCUUUUCCAUUGCGGAGGGUUGGUCUUGGGAUUGAUAGCAUGUCUUUCGCAUGGAUCCUGCGUUGUUUUUCCUUCAACUAUCUUCAAUGCAACUGCUGUUUCUCAAUGUCUAGCCGCGGAAGGAUGUACCGGGAUAGUGGGUUCACCGACCAUGUUUUCCCUGGUUCUAAAAGCAAGAAACCUGGGAGCACAGAAUUUAUGUCCAGCUCGAUUGAGGACAGGCUUGAUUGGCGGAUCAUCCUACUCCAAAUCUCUUUGGCAUAAUAUUCGAGAAGAGUUUGGAGCGGAGAACCUCGUCCAUGCAUAUGGUAAGUGGAGUUUGUCACAUCAUCGGCUGGAUGACGCCUUUGACUAA